AUGGCCUUAGUAGCAGACUCUUUUCAUAUGUUAAGUGAUGUGGCGGCACUUAUUAUAGCAUUCUUAUCAGUUAAGAUGUCACCAAAAAAAUGGUCAAAGAACACAUUUGGAUGGGCGCGAGCAGAAGUUUUAGGAGCAUUAGUCAAUGCAGUGUUUUUGGUUGCGUUGUGCUUUAGCAUAACAGUGGAGGCUGUGCAAAGAUUCAUCCAGAUUGAGACGAUACACAAACCGGAACUGCUCGUCGCAGUCGGUACACUCGGGCUAAUAUUAAAUAUUGUUGGAUUGUUUUUGUUCCAUGAACACGGUAGCAGUCACGGCCACACACACGGCGGCGUUCCUCCACCGGCUAACGUGCGUCACUUGACCGAGUUAGUAAAUAGCAAUGCAGACAUGGCCCUUGGACACGCGACCACAGAUACUGAGGAAACAGAUGAGAUGGUCCCACCCAGGAUGGACAAUAGACCCAACCAAGUGCCAAGACCCACUAGUGACCCUGGACACAUGAAUAUGAAGGGGGUUUUCCUUCAUGUACUUUCUGAUGCUUUAGGUUCCCUUAUCGUAGUAAGUUCAGCUAUAGUCGUAUGGCAGACGAAUUGGGAGUACAGGUACUACAUCGACCCAGCCCUGAGUAUAGUGUUGGUUAUUCUCAUACUUGCCUCAGUGUGGCCUUUGUUGAGGGAAUCCGCGCUAAUUUUACUGCAGACCGUACCUACUCAUAUACAGGUGGAUGUAAUUCAAAGGCGUCUCUUGGAGAAGGUGGACGGCGUGCUCGCUGUUCAUGAGUUCCAUGUGUGGCAGUUAGCUGGUGACAGGAUAAUAGCGAGUGCACACAUCAGAUGUAGGAAUUUAUCAGAAUACAUGAAAAUAGCAGAAAAGGUGAAGGAGUUCUUCCACAACGAGGGCAUUCACUCGACGACGAUACAGCCCGAAUUUGUUGAACUGCCAUUAGAUGGCAAUGAGAUAAUAAGCGGCGGCGCGGCGGAGGCGCCGUGCGCGCUGCACUGCCCGCCCAACGACCUGUGCCACAACGCGACCUGCUGCGGGCCCAACCAGCAAAAACAAAACACACCGUCGCCGACGGUUACGCCGUAUAUGUGCAGACAAAGGAAUAUGGGUUCGAGGACCGAGUCGAUGAAUUCUAACCUCGGUGCCGGCGGUCAGGGGGCUGCUACCACCAGGAACUUAGAUGCAUUGGAGUGCGGGUCUCUUUUGCCGACUCCGAUGAUGGACGGCCGGCUGGCGGUG